GAUACUGAGUCUAAGUGUAGUCUUCCAUUUAUUUCCAAGGUUCGUGUUAUAACUCAUGAUUCCCGCUAAAAUUCUUCAUGCCCACGCUUGAUAACAAGCGAUCAGUUAAAGAUAUAUUGGAUACUGAAGGUUCUGUGGAGAGUUUAGAGAAGAAAACAAGGAAAAUAAAUGAAAACUGUAAUGGAAGUAACAAUGCAAUAAACUUGAUAACUUUUUCGGAUUGUUCUGAUAAUUUUCCAUAUGAGAGUUUGCUGAGGAGUUAUAUUGGGGAUGAGUGGUUUGAAUAUUUAAAGAGUGAACUAGCUCAACCAUACUUUACUAGAUGUUUUGAAACUGUUAGAAGAAAAAGGCAAAUAUCAAAAGUUUACCCUUCAGAACAAAUGAUGUUUUUAGCUUUCAAACUAACUCCAAUAAGUAAAGUUUCAGCAGUAAUUAUAGGCCAAGAUCCUUAUCACCAACCUGGCCAAGCAAUGGGUCUCUGCUUUUCUGUACCGAAGGGAGUUACAGUACCACCAAGUUUGCGAAAUAUUUACAAAGAAAUAGGAUGUACUGAUGUUCCUCAUGGGGAUUUAACUUCUUGGGCCAAUCAAGGAGUAUUCAUGCUUAAUUCUUUACUUUCAGUUGAAGAAGGAAAGCCAAUGUCUCACAAGGGCCUGGGAUGGGAGCGUUUUACAAGCGCAGUUAUAUCUACUUUAAACUCUAUAGACCGGAAGAUAGUGUUUUUACUUUGGGGGAAGUCGGCACAAACAAAGGCUGAAAAUGUCUGCAAAAACAAACAUAAAGUACUUAAGAGUGCUCACCCUUCUCCUUUGUCACAGAAGAAUUUUAUUGGGUGUGGGCACUUUAUAAAGUGUAAUGAUUUCUUGCGCGAACUCAACAGGCCUGAGAUAGAUUGGGUUCCUACUAAAUAAAAUCUAGUAGUUUGACUAAAAGUUUAA